GUGACAACUUCUUACAAACCGUAAUCUGUAAGAUGCCUCAAAAUAACUGUCGGCCACAGUAAAAGCCAAAUGCCUUAUAAGCCCUGGCUAUGUCCCCUUCUGCAUCCAAUGUAAACAUAGACGCUGCAAGCGCCCAACAGUACCCGACAGCCCAUUGGCCAUGGCCCGUUGGCCAACAAUGGCACAGUGCGCUUUGCAACUUAAGAAGCCCAAUAAAUACCGUUUGGUUGCCUGUUGAAGGUGGCCUCAACAUGCCCUCACAGCAUCAACCGCAAUCCAGCAACCGUAACCCAAUCAUGCAUUGCCGCACUCCAGCAGCACGCCACUGCCGCGUGCGGCGCAAAUAUCGUCUUCACGUUCAUAGACAAGGUGCAAUACUGACAGCUCAGGCAUUGCACAGCACAGACAGCAAUCUCAUACACCACACAAAUGCAAUCCAGUGCGGCUAGUGUACACCAAAUAUUUGUACAUGCAGUUCCAAAUAGGAGGGGCACAGUGCAAGUGUGCCCUAAAAUUGAACCAAGUAUGCGUGCUGAAUCCCUGCUCAAGUCUAAACACAAGGGGUUCUUCCAAGAAAAUCAAACAGGGCUUCCCAAUGUUGCCAGUGCUUCUGCCAGCUGUCGUCCUAGUGGCCCAAUUCUGUAAGAGGUUUAAUUUGCACUGCCCACUAUAUAGCUGCGUGUCUACUGAAUUUCAGGCUGUCUGCCCCGUCUCAUCUGAAAAAGUUGCAGCUGUGCUAUACAAGUCUUGCUCAUGACAAGUCCAAAUUCUCUCCUCAUGCAUAGCACUUCUCAUCAUCCGUCGC